AUGGAGCCCACACGUUUGCAGCCGCCACCGGCGGGCACGAAAGCCCGCGCCAUGCAGCAGGCAAAACAGAUGGAAACUUUGGUUGCUGAGAGAGCGAAGCGUACAGGAGAUGAGCCGCCGCCGUACGAUUUCUACGAAUUGAUCGGCAAGGGCGCUUAUGGCCGCGUCUUCAAAGGUCGGAACCGCAACACAAACGGUUUGGUGGCUAUCAAGAUUAUCGACAUCGACAAGGUUGAUUACGAAGAAAUGACAACCAAGAAUCUGUCAGAGACACUCAAGGAGAUCAAUAUCCUCCAGCAGCUGAGGGACAGCAAGGCUCGACCAUAUGUGAACAUCAUCGAGGAGGCGUUGCCAGUGCACAACGAGCUUUGGAUCGUCAGCGAAUACGCCAGCGGUGGAAGCGUCAAUACCCUCAUGAAGCCGACCAUGAACGACCCGGACGGCCCUGGCCUGCGGGAGAAGUUCAUCAUCCCGAUCGCACGGGAGCUAGCGAUGGGCUUGAAGUUUCUCCGUGAUGCUGGAGUGAUCCACAGGGAUUUGAAGUGUAACAACGUUCUUGUCCUUGAGGAUGGUCGCGUGCAGCUGUGCGAUUUUGGCGUGUCAGGCACUCUCGAGCCAGAGAUCUCUAAACGCUCGACGAUCGUGGGCACACCGUAUUGGAUGGCUCCUGAGCUCCAAAAGGAAUGGGUGAAAGAUGCGGACCCACAUAGCAGGAUACAGCCAAACGACAUCUUCUACGGCCCUGAGGUUGAUAUCUGGGCAUACGGCUGCACCGUUUUUGAGAUGGCGACCGGGUUCCCACCUUUUCACAAGACCGUGCAAUGGGACCUACCACAGAGUGGAGUUCCCGUCCUAGAAGGCGACAAAUACUCUCCAGAGCUCAAAGAUUUUGUGGCUUUCGUACUGCAGCCAGAUCCUAAGGAUCGACCAACACCGGAUCAGAUCCUCGAGCAUCCUUUUCUUGCUGACACAACUAAGAUGUAUCCCACGGUCCUACUUGUCAAGCUCCUCGAAGACUACCUCCAAUGGGAGCAAGGUGGCGGUGUCCGCGCCUCGCUCUUCAACCCGUAUGGAGCCCAAGCUCCGGACCCGCUUGCGCCGCAGGCCGAGGAUGAGGAUGAUAACUGGACGUUUAGCGCUUCAGACGAGCUCGAGGAAAGGAUGUCUAUGCUGUUCUCUGACCCUGAUCAUGACCCUUUUUCUGGUGCAGCGCCCAGCCAGAGCUUCACAGGCAUACCCCCACCUCCUGCGGAUGACGAUAGAUUCGCAAAACUGCAGGCCAGCAUCAGGGAGGAGCAGAUUACUCGAGGUCAGAAACGCCUAAAUCGGCUCUUCGACAAAGACUCCACGCCAUACAGAUACAGCGCCGUAGACAGCAAUCGGCCGCCUUCGGACCUGAUUCUCCGUGACUUCAAUCCUGGAGCGCCGAAUCGCGAGACAGUCAUUGACUUGGAUUUUGCGGCGCCCACUGUGGCCGACGUGCCUAGCAUUGACCUAGGCGAGGUCCCUACUUUGAAGGCCAAUCGCAUGCAGAAGAUUUUGCGCGAGCUGCAAAUGGAAGAAGAGGAACAGAGGGACACUUUUGAUCAAGACGAGCUGAACAAGCGAGCCACCCGAGACUGGAAGUUUCCUUCCAUGAAUGACCAAGACAAGCGAGCCACGCGAGACUGGAAAUUCCCGUCCACGGCUGAGCAGUCGAACAAUCGAACGACGCGGGACUUUAAAUUCCCGGCUAUGCCGGAGAGAGCUAAUCGAGCAACGAGGGAGUGGACUUUUGACGCCGCUAUGGCCGAGGCAAAUUACAAGGCUCAGAGAAACUCGAGACGUGAUACGCGGGAUUGGUCUUUGCCCAUGGCCACAGCACCGAUCGAGGAUAACAGGAAGACGCGAGACUUCGUCUUUCCUAUGCGAGACCCUGAAGAGAAUGAGGGCGGUAGUCAAUCCGACCAAGGCCCAGGUUUCUCUUCUUCACCCACGCUUGGGCCCGACUUCCGACCCGGCUUGAAACAUGCUUCAACGGAGCCGUUCGGUUCGUAUGACGACUAUCCGCAGAUCGACUCGGCACCGGGGUCGCCUCUUCGGGCGUCUAUGAUAGAUCUCGAUAUGGCGAAUGUUGACAUACCACGCCCGUCGACCGCCGGCUCUAACAGUACUUCUACAUACACCGCCGGGGAGCAAAUGAACGAAAACCCGUUCAAUCUGGAGGACCAGGUCCACUUAUCGCAGAACAACAACCGCACGUCAUACCAUAUGAAGUCGCAAUCCGAGCCUAACCACGCUAUCCCAGGCUUGCUAACCCCGCAGACGUACGACGAGCAGGGCCAUCCGACAAACCAGGACCCGCACCAUCCGAGCAUGCACGCGCGCGGUGUCUCAUCGGUUUCUCAGAUGCAAGCCCAGGUCAAGCCCCCACCCAACAAUGUUGGUGCUGGCUAUCACCGCCCCGGUCAGCGCUCGCAACAGCUUAUCUGGGAUGGCUGGUCUCACAGCGCCGCCUAUGGUCUCGGCAGCGACGAUUCUCCGCCCACGAGCGUUACUACCGAUGCCUCUGACGACGAUAUCGACGAGGCCUGGGAUAACCUGGAGAAGCUCACUCUCACCCGUAACAGAUAUCGCUCCCGACGCACGGACAGCCGCGAUGAAGAUCCUCGCUCUGACGCCGAAGACAAUUACGCCACCGACCCUGCCUAUGAUGACCUUGAACGUGUCCGCGUCUCCCUUGGGCCCAACGGCAAGCCGCUCGUCGACUUCCCUGUCCCACACGGACCAGAACCGCAGGUGCUAUUCGGUGUCGACGCAGACAUGAACGCGCUGCAGAACGCGCUCUGGAAGAGCAGCGUGGAGAUGAGGGACGGUAUCAGGACGAGCAGAGACCUGUUGAAGGCGAUGAGGUUGGAAGAUGUGAAGCCCCUAGAAGGCUUCCCCGAAGAAGUGGAGAGCGAUGCAACGAGCACUGUGCGGAUUGCAAAGUAA